AGAGCCAGAGAAAAUCCGUUUGAAACAAGAAGCACUGCAGAUGUGAUGUAUUCAUUUCCUUCACGAAUAGACCAGGAGAUUGUAUUUCUAAAAGCAAUGAUAGACACUGGGGAAGACCAAGAAGUUUAAACACUGGACCACAGAAUAGCAGAUUCAGAAGGCACUGAGAACCCUUUUAGCUCUUCUCCGUUUUCACAAGACACUACAAUGAUGGUAUCAAAGUGUUUAAAUAUAUAAGCCCACAAGAAUCAAGAGGUUUCAACAUAGUUUUGAAAGACGGAAGACAAGUGGAAGAGUGUGAAACUGAAGCAGUAGAACAGAGGAAAAGCAUCACCUAGAAUAUGCACAGCGACCACCUGCAACUGAGGAGGAUUCUGACCCCACCUGCAGAACCCUUCAUGUCCACAAGCAUGAUCCUGGAUGAUGAAGGUGUUUUGGGCAGCAUUGAGAAUUCUUUUCAGAAGUUCCAUGCUUUCUUGGAUCUCCUUAAAGAUGCUGGGCUUGGGCAGCUGGCCACAAUGGCUGGUAUAGAUCACUCAGAUUUUCAUUUACUAGGUCGUCCCCAGAUGAACUCUACUGUUAGUAGUCCACAUAAAGAAGAAAAGAAGGCACUUGAAGAAGAAAAAUCAGAAUCAAAGCAGAGUGCCCCAGGACCAACGCAAAAUCUCCAAUUUCAGAAAAUUACAGGUGAUGCUGGGAUUCCUUUGCCUGUCGACUCCUUCCACGUCCCAGUCUCUACUCAGGAGGCCUUAGAAACUUCCAAAGACAAGCUGGGGGUCGCAGUCACAGAGCAGCGGCAGGAGUCUUUUGAAGAUUUCAUUGCUAGAACAUGUUCUCCUUCAGCAGACGUCAUUUCUGGAACUGGAAGUCAAAGAAAAAAAGAGGAAUUACCUAGAAAUAGCAGGUCUUCUUCAGAGAAAAUGACCAGAGCAUAAUAUACCAAAAACUACUCUGCUAAGAAACAACCUGGGAAGGACCUGCAUUCCUGCUCUGACUCACCUGUAAAGCAGAAAAGCAAAGGAAUUGGGCAAAAUAAUUCUUUGCUUAAUGAACCAAUUAGAAGUGAGUCUUCGAAAAAACACAUUUCUGUUAAGAAAGAGAGUACAAUAGUGACUGUUUCUUCAAAGACAACUAAAAGUAAACUCAGUCUACUAGAACAUUCUGAAAGUGAUACUCUUGGAUCUGAUUGUGAAUUUCCAGAAAGCAUCCAUAUUCCAUCACGCCUAACAUAGGUCUAAAUCUUUUAAAAUCUUUUAAAAUUAUGUUUUUGCCUUCAAAUUUUAAUAAAUUAUUUGUUUUUAUUAUAGCAUAUGGUGUUUUAAAAUACUUGACUGGAAGCCAUUAGAGAAAGAUUUAUCUAUACUUUUUUAUUAUAAUGAAAGUUUUGGUGUAUUUUUCCUUGUGACAGUUUGCACCAUUCAUUCAGCUAGUGUUUACUGAGGGUUUCAUAUGUACAGUACUUUUCUGGGUGCUAUUGCUUUCAGCAGUGAACAAAAUAAAGCUUUUGCUCUCCUGGAACUAACACUCUGUGGUGGGAGAAAACAUAAACAACAAAACAGGGUAGGGGGUAAAAAGAGAUGGGAAUAAUAAAUGGAAUAGUUUUACCAUUUGGUUAACUGUCAAACUAUUAUAAAUCGUAUGGCCAGAAGCCAUUGACAUAUUUUAAUUCACAAUAACCAGAGAGCAUCAAACAAUUUACCAAGGCACUUAACCGUGUUUAUGGAUUACAGCAACACUAUGAGGUAGGGAACUAUUACCAUCCCCUUUUAUAGAUGAGGAGUCUGAGGAGACAUUAUGUGAGUUGCCCAGAAUUACACAGCUGUAAGUAAGUGGGAAGCUGGGAUGUGACCAGAACCCAUGCUCUUUUUUUUUAAUGUAUGGACUUUAUUAUGUUUCAUUUGUUUCUGAUUUAUGUGAUUUUUUUAAAGAUUUUUUU